UUUCAUUUUGGGAUAUGUCAAAAGUGUUUAUACGAAAUGUUGAAAUAGUAAAACAGAAUUGCAUAGAUGAUUUGAAAUAAAUAAUGUAAAUUGAAUACAUUAUCAUUUUUCAUGCGAUUUGGUAAAAGUUUUUUUGAAUCAAAAGUUUUAUAAUUAUUCGAAUAAUUAAAAAAAAAGAAAAAGUAUCAUUCCCGAUAUUCAAUGGUGUUGUUUACAUUCCAAAAAGAGAUAUUUUGACGACACGUAUGUGAAAAUUACUAUAUGACUAAAAAUUAUUGUAUUGGUUUAUUUACUCGAAAAGUAUUCAAUAAAAUUCUAUUUUUCAAUGGCUUUGUUAUUGUGACAUUUUAAGUUCAACUAAACAAGUAGAUGGCUGACAAAGAAAUAAAUAAAGACAAUAAUAAGUCAACAAAUAAUAUAACUAAUAUGGAAAAAGAACGGGCAGAAUACUUUGGAAAAUUAGAAAAAUGGUUACACGAAGCUUAUGCUUGGCACAGUGUUGCUGCUACUCUUCCACAUUAUCUAAUGUCAGGUCAACUGUUGCAUCCAAUCAAUGGCACUCCACUUUUAACUCAGGUACCUGGAAGUACUAACAGUUCUGCUUCAAGUAAUAACAGUGCUUCACAAAUCGGAUCAAAUGCAUCAACUUGGCAAAAUAAUAGUCAAAAUAGGCAAGGAAAUAGAACAUCUGGACCAAUAGGACGACCAGAAGGGUAUGAAUACCUUAUUCCACCAAUAUGGAAACGUAUUGUGGCUGAAUUAAUCGAUUCUGUAAUGUUAUUUGUAUUAAAGCUUGUAAUUACGUUCGUUGCCCUGGAUAUAUUUAGUGCUAUGAAUAUGGAGCUCUAUACUCUCGAUACCUUACAAUCAAGUCUUCGAAUUGUCGAUUAUAAAAUGGCAAUGGAUGUUGCGUCAAGUAUUUUAAUAUGGGAAUUGAUGCAUCGAUUCAUAGUUUGUGUGUUUGAGGCCAUUUGGCUUCAACAUGGAAUGAAUGGGCGAAUAGGUGGAGCAACACCUGGAAAGUCAGUCAUGGGUCUUCGUGUUGUGCAGUGUCGUAGUAUUACUCCAAUUGAACGUUCGGAUGGCACUGAAGCCGUUCUAGUUUCUCCAGGAACUGACCUGGGAUUACCACUAGCCUUGGGUCGAUCGAUUGUGAAAAAUAUAAUAAUGACUCUAGUAUUUCCUAUUUGUUUCUCACUGUUUUCAUUCAGGUUUAAUCGUACUGGUUACGAUCUUGCUUGUCACUCUCUCGUAGUAGAAGAUUCUUAUAGAACUCCAAAUAAUAACAACAAUCACCUUCAUCAACAAUAAAUUGUCCAAAUAUAUAGAAAAAUUAUUAUUAUUUACUCUAUUAAUAUUUCUAAAAGAAAGAUAUCUACGUGUACAUAAAAUUAUGAAAUA